AUGAAUAUAGUUCAAUUUUUGCAGGAUUUCCGGCUGGUUCUGGAACAUAUUGCAACAUUCCUGAAAACACGCUUCUCUUCAAACAGUGGUUACAUGCAGUUGAAUUUGAUCGGGGUUGAUAGUAACGGUGUCGUUUUGCAAGAAGCAAAUUUCGGCGUUGAUAGCAUAGAUGAGAAGUUCGCGAAAUUGAAGCAAAUAAAGUAA